AUGCCGACCAGCACGAUCAUGUUCAUCAGUGUAGAAGUCGUCAUUUUUGAACAUCUGGAACCUGUGAAUCGUUAUCUCAGAAGACGAAGAUGGAACGAUCUCCUCGUCUGGUCGAAUGAGCGGGUUCAACGUUGGGUUGAAGAAAUUGGCUUAGGAGCCUAUGCCAGUAAUCUGAUGGACAGUGGAGUGCACGGUGCUGUGAUCGCUCAAGAUGAUACAUUUGACUCACAAGCAUUUGCACUCUCACUUCAAAUAAGCCCGCAGGAUCAACACAGUAGACAAGUCCUGGAGAAGCAUUUUGCUGUCUUGGUGUUUGAAUACCGUCAAACGACUCAUCUGCGUCAUUCGGUAGUGGUGCCUUCUUCGACCAAUUGA